AUGGCCUCCUUGGCCGAGUUAGGAGCAUUGACAGAUGAGCUUGUUACUGUCAUAACUUCAGUUUCCAACUCUGACCGCGACAAGUUCAACGUUUACCGUGAAUCUUCACUUCGCAGUCUUCGCUAUCAUACUCACCUUCGUACAAACCAGUUCGACGUUGAGAACCAGCUCAUAGGGCUGGAAGAGAGGCUUCGCGUUCAGGAUCGUGAGGAGCUGGCUGAUGCCCUCAGAGACCGCCUGGUAAGGCUAGAGGCGCAUACGACGAAAUGGACACCCGAAAUCCUUCAUCUUCUCCUCGAGCUCUCAGAUCAGCCAACACAGAAGACCAAACUGAAUGAUCUAUAUCUCCUCACACAACCCGACGAGGCAGCCCAGUACAGGCUGACAUGGGGCGAGAUCGCGAAAGAGGAUGGAUGGCACGAUGACCGAGCUCUCUGGCGCAACAUAGACUACGCUGACAGUUCCGACGAUGCCGAAUAUAUAGACGCAAAGUCGGAUACUUUCACGGACUCCGACAGCACCUCGUUAUCCAGUCCCGAGAUAUAUCAGCGGACUAGCCAAGCUCUGCUCGUCAAUCCAGAAAGUGCGGCCACGUUACAACAGGUCGUGGACAGCCAGGCAUGGAGAUAUUCGGCACCCCCAAGGGAUUCGAAUGGAAGACAGCAUAAAACUUCCAUUUCGGACUAUCAAAUGCUCCGGGAAGUUCUCUUCAUGCUGAGUGGCCUCCCGACUACGCUUUUCGAUUCCAGUUGUCGCCCGGUCUUGAGUUAUCAGCUUUCGAACAUCUCUUGGGAUUCGUUCAGAGCAUUGAUAACGUCCUUUUCGGAGUGGGGCCGCUCUUUGCAGCCGUUGCGGGCGUUUUCCGCCAGAGCGCAGGACGUCCCCCUGAUGCAGGUCUUCCGCGAUACGGUUCAAAAGGGCCUCCACUCUUUUGACGAACGAAUCUCAGAUAUCCAGGCAAGACUCGUCGUGUUACACGAGGAUGUGGUAGUCAGCGUGAUCGACGUCCAGGCCGAAUUGAAGCCAUCAUUGGUGCCACUGUUUGCCUUGGCCAACAUCGUCCGACAGGUUGAGGAGGAGAAAUAUGCUCACCCUUUCCGCUUCCUUGAGCUCCUGUUUGACGCUGCCGGGGCGGCCCAGUUCGAAGGCAACGAAGCUAUAUAUAGGCAAUUGGGUGCCAUGUUCUUUGAUUGCUUCCAUGUUUACCUUCAUCCGAUCCGCCUCUGGAUGGAAGAUGGUAGAUUAAUCCCCGGAGAUAGGACCUUCUUCGUCUCGCAAUCCGCGACGAAUGUGCCUCUGAGCCAGAUCUGGCAUGGCCAGUUCAAGCUUCGCAGAACCCAGAGCGGUGUGCUCCACGCCCCCCGAUUCCUGCAACCUGCGGCGAAAAGGAUCUUCACCACCGGGAAGAGCAUCAACGUUCUUAAGCAUUUAAGCCGCCACGAGCUGGCGAGAGAACAGUGGACCGCGGUCGAACCAAGUUUGGAUUUUGCCAGCGUCUGUGGAGUCGACAUGGGACUCGCCCCCUUCCCCGAGCUGUUCAACCGUGCGUUUGACCUCUGGAUUCAGAGCAAACACCAUACGACCUCUGCGACCUUGCGACAGGUACUAUUUGAGUCAUGCGGGCUUUCCACAGCUCUCGAUUCGCUUCAGCACAUUUACUUGGGCUCGGACGGGUCCAUCACCGACGCAUUCACAGUUCCAUUAUUCAAGCACUUGGACACCCUGAGCCCAAGUUGGAGAGACCAUUUUACCUUGACGGAGAUUGCUCAAGAGGCCUUCUCGUCUUGCGUUGAUUCCUACCGUCUCUUGGCCAAGGCCGAUCCUCGUGGUCUCGUUCAUAGUGGAAUCGCAUCCCGCAGCUCCGUCAGGGUCAGCCUCCCAGCCAUUCGCCUGACGUACCGUCUGAAUUGGUCUGUGCAGUUGGUCGUCUCGGAAUCCGGUAUUGCGGGCUACCAGCGCGUCUUCACGUUCCUAUUACAGCUUCGGCGAGGGACCUACGUCCUGCGGAAACAUUGGGGUUCUCACACCAGCGCCUCCGUGGCGCAUGCCGGGGAAGCUCAUCGUUUCUAUUGGCUUAUCCGGACGAAACUUCUCUGGUUUUGCGAAACUGUUGCUACGUAUCUGACCACGAUUGUGCUUGCUCCAAGCAUCAACGCCAUGCGUGAGGGCCUACGGAAUGCCGUCGAUGUGGACGACAUGAUCAGCGUCCACUCCACCUUCGUAAACAGAGUCACCGAGGAACUGUGCUUGGGAGCCAAGCUGAAUCCCCUCCGCGAUUGCAUCCUGGACGUCUUGGACCUAGCCAUAAAGCUCAAAGACGUGCACCGAGCCGAGGUCGCCAAGGAGGCCGAAGAGUUCCAGGAGAUAUCGAGACUGUCCGUCAUGUCCUCGCCUCUCAAGACACCCAGGAGCCGGAAAAAUGCCCCGAGGCGAGGACCAUACGUCGGCCGCGACGACGACAGGGGAGAGGCGGGCUCCGAUUCGGACGACAUUCUCAACAACAGCCUGGCGGGGACGGACAGGCCGUACCUCGAGGUCCUGGGCGGGAUCCACGCCGACUACGAGAAGCACCUGCGCUUCAUCAGCGGCGGGCUCAGGGGCGUCGCGCGCGCCACCCGGGAUCCCGCGGCUGGGAAGUGGGAUAUCCUGGCGGACAUGUUGGAGAUGGGCAUCAGGGACCAGAGGUGA